UCCUCUGUGCUCUCUUGCAGGUUGCAGCGGCGCCCACCGCGCCCGUCACCGCCCUCGCAUGGAGCUCGUGGCCAACGGUCAAAUCUCACAAUGCCGUCAUGGCAGCUAGCCCUAACAUGGCCUUCUCCCUCUUUGCAGACCAAGCUACACGGUCAUGGGUGCAGACAGUGGGUGCAGACAGCCAUGGUCUUGUUGUUCUUGCCCGAUCUAACUGCAUCGAGAUCAUGCGCGUGAAGAAGCUCUCCAUCACCGGCAAAGGCAACAUCGACGGUCAGGGCAAGCCCGUCUGGACCAAAAACAGCUGCCAAAAGAACUACAACUGCAAGAUAUUGCCAAACUCGUUGGUGCUGGACUUCUGCGACGACGCGCUCAUCGAAGGCAUCUCUAUCAUCAAUUCCAAGUUCUUCCACAUGAACAUCUUCCAGUGCAAGGGCGUGACCGUCAAGGACGUGAAGGUGAACGCGCCCGGGGACAGCCCCAACUCCGACGGCAUCCACAUGGGCGUUGGCGACGACUGCAUCUCCAUUGGCCCCGGCUCCACACAAGUCAACAUCAGCGGCGUGACUUGCGGCUGUCGGAUCGGCCCAGGCCAUGGUAUCAGCAUUGGCAGCCUCGGGAGGUACAAGGACGAGAAGGACGUGACCGACAUCACCGUCAAGAACUGCGUGCUCAAGGGCUCCACCAAUGGCCUCCGCAUCAGGUCCUACGAGGAUGCCAAGUCGCCCCUCAUAGCAUCCAAGAUCCACUACGAGAACAUCGAGAUGGACGACUCGGGCUACCCCAUCAUCAUCGACCAGAAGUACUGCCCCAACAAACUUUGCACCUCUAAGUGCGACGCCGACAGGGUCACCGUCAAGGACGUUACCUUCAAAAACAUCACCGGCACCUCCGCCACCCCCGAGGCCGUCAGCCUGCUCUGCUCCGACAAGAAGCCCUGCGAAGGCGUCACAAUGUCCGACGUCAAGAUCGAGUACUCCGGCAAGAACAACAAGACCAUGGUUGUCUGCACCCACGUCAAGGUCACUGCCACGCCAAGCUGUCCUCGCCGCCGUCCAAGCUACACAAAACUCGCUUCCGUGCGGCUCCUGCGGCCGCACCGGGGCGCCCAGAUCCAGCUGCCGGGGGACCUCCCCUGCCUCCCCACCUUCCCUCGCCGCCGCCGGAGGUCGUCGCCGGGCAAAGCCCGGUGGCGACGGCGGCUGCGGGGCUGUUUCUGUGGCGCGGUAGCUGCGGGCGUGGAGGGGGCUCGGCUGCGAGAGCUUCAACGAACGGCGGGGUCGCGUCUUGGCGUGCCGGGGGUGCGCGGUGCCCGCGGUUCUUGCGCGGCGGCUGUGCUGCGGAACUUGCUGCUCUCGCCAAGGCGUCGGCUGGUGGUGGCGGUCCUGCAGGGGGCGCUCAAGGUGUGA